AUGGAGCCAAUCAAUAGGACAGAGGUCUCUGAGUUCUUUCUGAAAGGAUUUUCGGGCUACAUGGCCCUGGAGCACCUGCUCUUCCCUCUGUGCUCAGCCAUGUACCUGGUGACCCUGCUGGGGAACACAGCUAUUGUGGCGGUGAGCGUGCUGGAUGUUCACCUGCACACACCCAUGUACUUCUUCCUGGGCAACCUCUCCAUCCUGGACAUCUGCUACACGUCCACCUUUGUGCCCCUGAUGCUGGUCCACCUCCUGUCGGCCCAGAAGACCAUCUCCUUUAUUGGUUGUGCCAUCCAGAUGUGUCUGAGCCUGUCCACGGGCUCCACAGAGUGUCUGCUGCUCGCCAUCAUGGCCUACGAUCGCUACCUGGCCAUCUGCCAGCCGCUCAGAUACCCUGUGCUCAUGAGCCACCGGCUCUGCUUGUUGCUGGCGGGAGCCGCCUGGGUGCUCUGUCUCUUCAAGUCAGUGACCGAGACAAUCAUCACCAUGAGGCUGCCCUUCUGCAGCCACCUGGUCAGUCACUUCACCUGCGAGAUCCUGGCAGUGCUGAAGCUGGCAUGCAGUGACACAUCAGUCAGCGAGGUCCUCCUGCUGGUGGGCGCCAUCCUGCUGCUGCCUGUGCCCCUGGCCUUCAUCUGCCUGUCCUACAUGCUUAUUCUGGCCACCAUCCUGAGGGUGCCCUCAGCUGCUGGCCGCCGCAAAGCCUUCUCCACCUGCUCGGCACACCUGGCAGUAGUGCUGCUUUUCUAUGGCACCGUCAUCUUCAUGUACAUGAAACCCAAGAGCAAGGAGGCCAGCAUCUCGGAUGAGGUCUUCACGGUCCUCUAUGCUGUGGUCACGCCCAUGCUGAACCCUGUCAUCUACAGCCUGAGGAACAAGGAGGUGAAGGAGGCCGCCAGGAAGGUGUGGGGCAGGAGACGGACCUCCAAGUGA